AUGAAUAAGGGGAAAAACAAUCAUAGAAGAGCAUAGUCUAAUAAUGAUUUUUAAUAAAUAAUGAAUUCUAAAAUAGUUGGAUUGGUUGAAUAAAAUUCUCAUAAAAAUUUGCAUAAAAAUCAAAGCUUUGGUAAUAUGUUAUUCUAAAUCCCUGAAUAAACUGAUAUUGGGUCUUCAACAGAAUAAUCUCAUCAUUCUGAAAAGAAGAAUUGUAUAAAUGAUUGUGUACUAUCUAAUAAAAAGUAUUAUUCAUAAGAUCAAAAAGAAAAUCUAAUAAAUUCCAAUUCUUGUACAAAUAUUAUCUCAUCAAUUUAAUAUAUGAUUAAAAGUAGUCAUCCAAUAAAAGAAAUAGCAUAAAAAACAUUAAAUGAAAGUUAAAAUAAAAAAAAGCAUCUAAGUUUUACUAAUGAAUUACAAAAGAAAAAUAGCUAAAUUCUCCAUUAAUCAAAUAAAAUAGAUAUUUCAUCAAGUUUAACUCCAGAUAGAAAAAAAACAGAUAAUAAUAAUAGUAAAUAGAAUAGUUAAAAAUAAAAAUCAGCUUAAUAAUAAAUUGAUGGUUAAGAGAAAUAAAAAAUAGAAUUAUCAAACUUUUUAUUGAAUAAUUUAUUAAAAGUAGAUUAAAAAAAGAAAAUAAAUAUAGAAUAAUAAGAUUCUUUUAGAAAAAUGGAAUAUUAGAUGAAUGAGAUUUAGAAAGAUAUUUCAAAAAUUAAAUAAAGACAAGAUGAAUUAGAUUUAUUUAAUAGAAAUAUAUAGAAUUAAUUAUUUGAUUUUAUUUCUGAAAGUAGAAAAUAUUAAGAUGUAAAUAUUAAAUUAAGAUUUAGUAUGGAUAUUUAUCUCUUUAAAAACUCGAAUAAUUGGAAUAAAUAACUAGAAGAAAUGAAGAAUCAAUAAAAAUACUUAAAUAAAAAUUAUUUAAUAAUGAAAUAUAAUAAAUAACUACUAAAUAGCAUGAAAAUAAUAUCAAUUUUGGGUAUAAUUAUUAUAUUUAUAUUUUAGUAAUAUUUCCUCUUAUAAAUAAGAACUUGAUAUACAAAAAAAAAUAUCUGAUUUUAAGUAUAUCAAAUAUAAUUGA